GCUCCCUUAGUAGAACUUUUAUUCCCCAAGCCUCAUCCUCGGUGGAGGCUUGUUCACUCGACCUGCGUUGUUAGUAACAGACCGAGGACAGCAAACGCGCAUCAAACGGUGCAAGCAUGACAGGGAAAUAUUGAAUCCGUUCCUGGCUCAUUGGCCGUAAAAAGGUCUGUGUAGGUGAUGUUCCGAGAUGCUCGACAUAGGUCCCAAUCUCUUCAUAUCCUAAUCUUAAUCCAUCUCUACUUUUCUUCUCAGCUCCUCUACCAUCUUAAUCCUUCCACGCUCUCUCUAUGCCCCAUCAAAAUAGCGCUGCCGCCUAUGCCAAUGCCAAACAAAACAAUAAGGUCCGUUCCUCAUACCGGUCGUUCAUCGUAUCUCAUGCUCCAUUGCCAAUCAAAAUGCUAAUCACACCCACCAUGCUCUUGUCACGCUCAGAUAGGAUGG